AUGAAGUCUAAAAUUUUAUAAGAGAAUACAAAUAGAAAAGAGCUCGAGAAUUCAGUUUAUAAUUUCACUUAUAAAUUCAGUCAAACUCUACAGCAUCUUAAUUAAUAAAAUAAAAAUCCUGUUAAAUUACCUUUGUCUGCUAAGUUUAAAACCUUGUGUGAUAACAAUGCGAUGGAAUUCAUUGAUGACUUCAAAAAUUGGAUACUAAUCCCUAUUGAAAAUAUUAUUUAGCAUUUGACUAAGGAAAUUUAGGAAAAGGUUGUUGAUUACUUUUCAAAGUUUUAUAAAACACUAACUGCAAAAGAGGAUAAAAAUGAAGGAAAAAACAAAAAAACUUAAGAUAAAAAUUCAAAAAACGAAAAUAAGGAUGAUAAGAAGGAAGAAUUAGAUACUAUUCAAACUAAAUAUUCUACCUACGUAUCAAAUACAAUAGAUGAAUACUAGAAAGGUGAAAAAUAUAAAAUUAAUUGGGAAAAUUUAGAAAUAAAAUUCAUAGAAAAGUUAAACUUGAAAAGUAAAUAUGUUUCGUGCAAUAAUGAAGCUCCUAGUUAAAUUAAUCAAAUUUCAAGUAUCAAUAAAGCUUAAAUUAAACAGAGUGAGAAACCCAAUAUUCCACACAAAAAAGGAAAUGAUUAUUAAUCAAAUUCUAUUGUGAAAAAGAAAAUUAAAACAUUUGGUGAAUAAAUUUGUUUACCUUAAAACACUUAAUCAUUAAAAAAUAAAGUAAACUCAAUUUCUCUAGGUAAAAAUUUAAAUAAUAAUGAUAAAAAGAGAAAUAAUACUAAUAAUAUCAGACGAUAGAAAAUUCGAAAAGAUCAAGAAAUUUAAUAAUAAAAUCCAAUAAAUUAGUUAGCAGGCCAUCCUUGGAAUCCGAUCAUCUCAAUCAAUGUUGGAGAAAAGCCAAGUUCACCCUUCAAUGGGCCAAUAGAUUUAUCAGAAGGGUAUUUGGGUUAAACAAUAACCUAAUAGUAAAGUAUCAGAAAUUCAAAAGAAAUAGCAAUCAAAUCAGGUAAUGGUAAAAGAUAAAAUGUUAAAAGAAUUUAGAGUGCUGUCGCUAGAACGAAUAUGUAACUUGAUAAAACAAAUUAAUAGUUAACUUCUUAAUCAAAACCCAAGUAUACUGGAAGAUAAUCAUAUUUUAAAAUUUAAUAACCGAAUAUUACACAGUAAAAUCCCACAUUCCCAUAAAGAUAUCCGAAUUUUAAAGUAAGAUAGCCCUAUAUUAAAAAUAUAUAACCAAAAUAUUCCUUAAUAUAACCCUCAUUUGCGAGUUAACCCAAUAAUUAAAACAUUUAAAUGGACUUCAUAACUAGAUACCCUGAUAAUACAAAUAGAUAUCUCUAAUUUACAUCAAGCUAAACUUCAUUUAAUUUACCAUAUUAUGAUCCAGUAAAGUUAUAACACUUUAGAACUUAUAAAGCUAAUGCAGAAAGGCGUAAAUCUGGACUACCAAACAAGGCCUUAAAUUAUUUUUUAUUGUCAAAUGAUGAUAUUCAUAGAGUUCAGAACAAAUUAUAAGGCAAAGUAAAAAUAAGUCCAAAAAAGAAAAAAAAGAAAGUAGAUUAGAUUGAGCAUCUGCUUCAAACUAUUUUAAACUAAAAGAAGAAUUGA